GGUUCCGGGGAGGCGCCCUGGUCGCCCGAAGCGUUUUCUUUCUCCACCAUGAACGAGGCGGAGCUAGUCGAUGCUUUUAACACCCAGAUGAGACAGGAUCCAGAUGUUGCCUCUGCAGUGGCUGCCAUCCGGGUCUUAUUGGAAUUCUUGAAGAGGGACAAAGGUGAGACCAUCCAAGGACUGAGAGCCAAUCUAAAACAGGCUAUAGAAACACUCUCUAGCGUUGAUUCCUCGGUGGCCAUUUCCUCUGGAGGAGAGCUUUUCUUAAGAUUCAUCAGUCUCACUUCUUUAGAAAACCCGGACUAUUCCAAAUGCAAAGAAAUCAUGAUCGAAAGAGGGGAGGUUUUUCUUAAGCGAAUCUCUCUUUCCAGGAAGAAAAUCGCCACGCUUUGUCACACGUUUGUGAAAGAUGGUGGCAUAAUAUUGACACACGCUUACUCAAAAGUGGUACUUCGAGUCUUGGCAGCAGCUAUACAGGCCAAGAAACGUUUUAGCGUCUAUGUCACGGAAUCACAGCCGGAUCGAGCAGGGCAGAAGAUGGCAGAAGCCCUCAAGAAUCUUGGAAUUCCUGCCACCAUAAUUCUAGAUGCUGCUGUUGGAUACAUCAUGGAAAGGAUAGAUUUGGUGAUUGUGGGGGCUGAAGGAGUGGUCGAAAACGGAGGGAUCAUCAACAAGAUUGGGACCAACCAAAUGGCCGUCUGUGCCAAAGCGCAGAACAAACCUUUUUACGUGGUGGCCGAGAGUUUCAAGUUCGUAAGGCUCUUCCCUCUGAACCAGCAGGACGUCCCGGAUAAAUUUAAGUACAAAGCAGACACCUUGAAGACCCAAAAGGCCCUGGUGGUUGAGCAUCCUUGGAUCGAUUACACCUCCCCGUCUCUGAUCACGCUGCUGUUUACGGAUCUCGGGGUCUUGACCCCUUCGGCUGUGAGCGACGAACUGAUUAAACUCUACUUGUAAAGGGCCUCCCUGAACCUGUGGAUUACAAGCAGUUAAUGCAAAAUAAGCAGGGAACUUUUUCCUGGUCAUUUUGCCCCCUUUGUUUUGCGGAUUUUUAUUUUAUUUUUUUAAAAAAUUCAUCUGUACAAAAAAAAAAAAAGCUCACUGUGCCGACCGUAAUGUAAAUUAUUGGAAUAAAUUCGCUCGAAGAAAAAC